AUGGAGCAAUAUAACCAACAGUUGGUGACUGUUGGCCACAUUCAUCAGUUGAAUCUUCGAGCAAACAUGAGCGGACGAGGAAAAGGAGGAAAGGGUCUCGGUAAAGGAGGCGCUAAGCGUCACCGUAAAGUCCUCCGUGACAACAUCCAGGGAAUCACCAAACCCGCCAUCCGCCGUCUGGCUCGCCGCGGGGGGGUGAAGCGUAUCUCCGGUCUGAUCUACGAGGAGACCCGCGGUGUGCUGAAGGUCUUCCUGGAGAACGUGAUCCGUGAUGCCGUCACCUACACCGAGCACGCAAAGAGGAAGACGGUGACCGCCAUGGAUGUGGUGUACGCGCUCAAGAGACAGGGACGCACCCUGUACGGAUUCGGGGGUUGA